AAAGUUGUAUCAAGAGAUGUCAGGAAUAUGUUAGCAUACAACAUCUACACAUGUCAUACAACGAGACCAUCAUGGCUGAAAAGGGUGCUCACAGUUGACUAGGGGUAGAAGACCCCUCGGGGACGUCCCAUUGCUGUCCGUGCCACGUCAUGGCUAUUUUCGUGGAGCUAUUUUCAUCUGGAAAAACAACUUGAUGUCCACAAUUAAGGCGACAAAAUCUUACAUUUAUUGACGUUUAAAGGAGCCAGAGAAAACAUUUAUCGCAUGUUUUUAUACCAUAAAUGAGUGAAUAGUCCAGGGUAAUACUGUUCGAUUGAUUAGAUCUUGACAACUCGGAAUUAGAUUAAUAAACGUUAAUCAUCUUGCAAUACCUAUCUGUUGAAUACGGUUCAGUGUGACUGUAUAUAAUGUUGCACCAGUGUAUCAUUAGUAGCGCGGUCCGAUGGUAUGGGGGGCUAAUCACGAAGCCUAAGCAAAACAAAAAUCAACAAAACCGCCCAAACUCUGUGAUCCCCAUACCGAUCAUUGACCACGUUUUUAAUAUAAAACAGGAAAAUAUGUUUGAUUUGAAGAAUUAAGCACUGGUCAUCAUGGACUAAGGAAAAUAACUAUGUCAUCCAUCCCACUCGUCCAGUGACAGUGGCCAGUAAUUAAGAAUGCCUCCCACAACUGUUGGCACAUUCCUCCAAAUAAGAGCUUGGCUGAUUUAUUUAGUUCCUGAAAUUGAGGCAUCCUGAGGGUUCCUUAAAUACUCGUAGGUUUAACCUGAAGCAUAAUUUUAUUUCAUGGACUAUAUAUUUGUCUGUUGUGCUAAGCAAACGCCGCCUGUUCAAGUACUCAUGUUGUUUAAUGUGACUGGCAUGUUGUGAGAACCCAAUGUUUUGAAUGUGACUUGCAGGUUGUGAGUACACAUGUUGUUAAACGUGACUGGCAUGUUGUGAGAACCCAAUGUUGUUGAAUGUGACUUGCAGGUUGUGAGUACACAUGUUGUUGAAUGUGACUAGCAGGUUGUGAGAACCUAAUGUUGUUGAAUGUGACUUGCAGGUUGUGAGUACACAUGUUGUUGAAUGUGACUGGCAUAGUGUGAGAACCCAAUGUUGUUGAAUGUGACUUGCAGGUUGUGAGUACAAAUGUUGUUAAAUGUGACUGGCAGGUUGUGAGUACCCAAUGUUACCAAAAUUGACUGGCAUGUUGUGGGUACCCUAUGGUGUUGAAUGUGGCUGUGGCGGGUGUGCAAGUACCCCCAUGUUGUUGUAUGUGACUGUUGCAGGUUGUGAGUACCCUAUGGUGUUGACUGUGACUGUGACUUGUUGGCGAAUGUCAUCGUAUCCCAAUUUCGUGGACAAAUGUCCAUGUAAUCAAUCACUUGAUGGUCUGGUUCAGACUCGAUUAUUUACAGACCGUCAUUUAGAUUAAAUAUUGCUGAAUUUCUAAACAACAAACAGACACACAUAACAUUAUUUUGCCAUAUAUUCUUUCACCAGGAUCGAUACACGAGUGUGUGCCUUUGGGUUUAACGCUGCUUUUAAAAGGCAUUUUAGUUUUAUCACCGCGUAUUAGCUUCAUGUGCGAGGAAAGCGAUGCUGAGACAUUUUCCACUUUGAUGAUACCUAGGACGAAUUAUAAUUCAUCCAACGAUGGCAAAGGAAUAUGUUGAAGUUGAUCAUCAAACAUGAUUGAAUAUGUUCCAAUGAUUUAAUUCAUUGUAUUAGUAUGUUGUGAUUUAACGGACCUGUACUUACAAGGAACAUAUUUAUGUAAUUUAUGGAAUCUAAUCCUUUUUGCAUGUUUACAUUGUUUACAUAAUAUCUUUUAAAACCGGCCCUUUCGUUGUCUUUUUUUCCAGACAUUAUGUCUCUCUCCGAUUCUCGAGCGCUCGUGGUAUGUUACCUGCUCCUUAUCAUCUCCGCGGGUGUCGGUGCCAGAGAUGACGAUGACGAUGGGUUUUGGAGCUACCCAUUGUUUUGGGUUCCUGCCGUUGUGGGUGGUGCAGUAGCAGGUGUGGCACUGGCACCAGUUGCACUGACGGCUGGACUGGCAGGAAUGGUGUGCACAGCGAUAUGGAUGACAGCGGGCUCUGCGGCAGCGGGUGCCAUGUCAGCAGCGACAACGACGGGAGUUGGCGCGAGUCUCGUUGGUUUGGCAACGUCUGUAGGGGCCGCUGGCGUAGCUGUGGGCACAAAGGUAGCAUUUGGCGCGGCCGAGCAGCCGUAGGCUACGCCGCUAGCUCUCCCUCGGGAGAAGAACGAAAAACAAAAUAAACGAAUAUAAACUGACGAUAUCAGCUGCUUGCUAGGCGCAAAUACACUUCCUGGUGGCCCAAAAUCAACCAAAUUCAACCAACUACUUGUCAAGGAUUUCAAAACCUAAGCGCUUGUGAUCAUAUCAUGGUCUCAUGCAGUUAAACCCCUCACACCAUGCAUGGCAACAUAACCAACUGUCCUGAUACUUCAAGAGCUUGAUAUUUGUAAAUAUUGUGAUAAUUAUGGUAAAACGAUAGUACCGUCUCUGUCACAUGUGGAAUAGUAACCCUGUGUAAAACAUAUAUAUGAACAUGUUUGGCAUUCAUCAUGAAAUAAUUAUUCAGAAACUGAAGUAUCAAUCAUAUAUUGAUAAUCGAUGUUUUGCUGAACAAUCGCCAACCAUGUAUGCUUAUCCACAAUAAAGCAGUUGACAUCC